CUCAACACAAAUUAGUCUUAAAUCACCACUUUAGCUCAAGAAUGAAGUUGAUCAAUAUUAUAUUUUUCGUUUCACUCCUCUUAGCUACCAACAACUUCACAAAAUCAAAACUAUGUGAAGCAUCCGAACCCACACCCAUUGCGGUGCAUGAUUCUACUGGAAAAAUAUUACGAGCGGGGACUAAUUAUUAUAUCCAACCAAUUUUUCCAGACGAGGCCUGGGGAUUUGAAUUAGCCAGCAUUAGCAAUCAUCACGACCCGUGCCCACUAGGCAUAGUACAAGAAGACUAUUACCCAGGCACUCCACUAUUAUUUUCACCGGCGAAUUCUAAGAAAGGCAUUGUCCGUUUGUCCACAGACUUAAACAUUGACUAUAACUUGACGUACACGGUGUGUACUAAGUCCAAUGAUGCAAUCUGGACCGUCGGUCCUUACGAUCGACGAGCCCAAAGCUAUUUCUUAGUAGUCGGGGGAGUGAAAGGAAAUCCUGGUAGGGAAACGAUAAGGAAUUGGUUUAAGAUUGAGGUGUUUGGCGAUAAUUAUAAGAUUAUGCAUUGUCCAUCAGUGUGCAAGGAUUGCAAGGUAAUGUGCAAGGAUGUUGGCGUAAUUGAAUAUAAUGGGCAGAAGCGUUUGGGUCUAAGUGAUUAUCCUGUUGAGGUGAAGUUUGUGAAGGACGCAUGAAAAUAAAUCUAACCAAUAAUAAAUUGUGUGAUAUAUAGUAGCAUGAUAUAAUAAGUCUAAUAAAUAAGUGCGUGCUACUUAUGUAAUAAGCCGAUAUGGCAUGACCGUUGUGUGUGUUUGUAAGCAAUUGUAGUCUUGGCCUAAUUACAUUUGUGUGGAGUUUUCUCUUCACAAUAUUAAAUAAUCAUAUGCUUGAAAUUGAUGAAGUAUACCAAUCUCUUAAGAAUAGUAUAUACUUUGAAGUUCAUAUACAAAGAAGGGUAACUUUCUAAGACAAUAAUUACGGUAUUAGUUGAGUGAUUUACAAACCAAUUUAUUUAAUUACUCUUUCUUCUUCUAAAUAUAACUAGAGAUGGAGUACGGACUCGAUCCGUUUUUUUCUGUCUGUUUGUUUUUAUUAUUGUGUUGUUUGGAUCAACUUGUGUGCACCUCGAAUAAUUUCAUCAGGCACUUGUUAAAUCCAACCAACACAAGUAAUGGAUAACUCUAUCCAUCAAGACUUGGACAAAUCAGAAGAAAUCACCUAAUAUAUUUACUUCCGUUGAAAAUUGAACUUGAGACCUAAUUUUCUUUUGUUCCCCAGGUCCGUCUUGUUUUUUCAAAAAAAUUACUGAGCUAUCCGGAGCAACUUGUGUGCACCUCAAAUAA